AUGCGUACCCUCCUUUGGCCGGUCCUCCCCAGCGAUGUAUCAACUGAGGUCUUUGGGUCCCCAGCCCCUUGUCAUGAUGAGGAAAGCUGCAAGGUUAGAUUAAGCACAUUGACAUCCAAGCUCGAUGAACUGCGGGAUGAAAUGCGAGGCAAGCACUUGACGCUACAAGCACUAGAGGAGAUCCGGGGCGGUAUCCUCUCGGGCCGUCGGGUAGAGCUUCCAUCUGCUCAGCGCCAGCAUCUGGAGCGGGGCAGCCCCAUGAUCAGCGAGGUGACGUUUGAUGCCAGGCAUAGACCAGUUUCCACCAAUGUCACGAGACAUUUUCAGCGGCCCUGCUGCAAUGAUGCGCACUUUCAGGUACGGCAGCAUGCCUUUCUUCACCUGAAGAAAUCUCCGGGUUCAAAGUCCGCAUCUGCCCUAUUGGUUCUGCUGGAUUCAGAGUCGAAGCUCUCCAUCUACUCUCUGGAAAACGAGCCCUUACUUGAUCGCUUCGACCUGGGGCAUGAGGGAAAGAUCAUCCAGCUGGAACUGUCUCCGACACAGGAGAAUCACUUUGUCGUCACGGUGGGCGAAGACAACGGUAUCCGAGUACACAACAUUAAGAUCAUCGCCAAGAAGCAGAAGACCGAUGUGCCAGGGAAAGAUGGUGAGAAGGAAGAGGAGAAGGAGAAAGAGAAGAAGGACAAGGAUGUGAGAACGCUGAACGUUACAGCCAGCCUUGCCACACAAUUUACCUUGUCACAUGGGGAACUGGAAGAGACACGCAAGCUGAAUGUUGUCCUCCCCAUCGAGAGAGGUUCGCAGACCUUCUUCAUCGCUGGUGACUCGCUGGGAGGCGUUUCGGUGUUCUUCCGAAACGGCACGAUGAGAGGUCGAGUACGUGUAACUGAAGACCCAGGAGGUGUCAAGGGCUUGAUCCGGGCACAGGGACAACAACAAGUGCUCUUCUACAGCAGUCACGCCUUUGGUUUCUUUUCGCCAUCUCAAGUGGACCUCCAGUAUCCACCAUGUACUGGCUGGAAUAGUCCGCUCUAUGACCUGGCCAUGGAGCCCGGGUACUCGACAGGGAGGGUGCUCCUGGCUUUGCAAGACGGCGACGUCUUGGUCUACGCGACCACGUGUGGAAAGAGCAAGGCCUGCGAUCUGGCGCUCAAGUUCCCUCAUGUAUCCGUCUUGCCCUUCAACCUACACAGCUUUAGAGGCCAUGUGAUGGCACUCGCAACGCCUUUACCAGACAUGGAGAAGAAGGAUGAGUAUGUCCGAGAGAUCUUUUUCUUCAAUAUGGCUGCCAUGGAGAACGGCUAUGGCUCAGCACCCUCCAGAGCCAUCACUCUCCAGGCAUCCUUCAAGCCCAAGCAGCCGGAAACGCUGGCCAUGCUGGGCCAGCCAGCUGCUGGACCUGGAGGUGAAAAGGCCAAGUCGCAGGUGGCGAUCCGUUUUAAAGAAGAGAAAGGUGUGGAGCUUUACGAUCUCACUCUCAGGACCCCGCCGCCGCCCAAAGCUGCAGCAGACAGCAGCAGCUCAAAUGGCUGGGACAUGUCCAGCCUCCUCAACUGGUUCCCAAAAGUGGGAGUCUUCGGCAUUGCUUUGGUUGGAGUGAUCUUCUGGAACAUCAAGAAGGUCUCGGGCCAAUCCUCCGGGUCUCCGGGUCCGGAGAUGGAUGACUUCGAUGCCACUUGGAUGAACGGAGACGUCGUCACGACGGGAGACGUUGACACGAGGUGGGUCCUUCCAAAGUGGCUCGUUGCUUGCGGCUGGGCCUUCCACGCCUUCAGCCGAGCGGGCCGAGCGCGUGCGUGGCACGUGUGUCGCAGCUUGACACGGCUCAUGGCCAAUGAUGCGCGGCAUCAUCCAUCAGCCUUGCGGAAUCGGGGGCCAAUCUUGGAGGUCACCUGUGGCAUCGUUGCAGGGGCCAGUGAGGCGCUUGAGAAUGGUGGGCUUCUGAUCAUCUACGGCCCGUUCAAGGUCAAUGGAGAGUUUACGACUGAGAGCAAUGCAGACUUUGACAAAUCGCUGAGGUCACGGAACCCGGAAUGGGGAUACCGAGACAUCGACGAAAUUUGCGCAGAAGCCAAGAAGAAUGGCUUGCAAUUUGAAGGCAAACGAGAAAUGCCAGCGAACAACUUUCUGCUGACCUUCAGCAAGACUAAAUAG